AUGAAUGAUCAGAAUUGGAAGAAUUUAUCAAAUGAAUUGAGACGUAGAGCUGAACAAGCAAGGUCUUCUUCAAAUAUGAAAUCACCAAAAUCACCCUUAGGUAUUUUUGGAGGAAUUGGUGGUUUACUUCUUCUUGGAGGUGCCACUAUGUUUAUUCAGAAUGCUUUAUUUAAUGUUGAUGGUGGUCAAAGAGCAAUAUUAUAUUCAAGACUUGAUGGUGUACAAUCAAAGAUAUAUCCGGAAGGUACCCAUUUUGUUAUUCCAUGGUUUCAACGACCAAUUAUUUAUGAUGUUAGGGCCAAACCUAAAGAAUUGGCAUCAUUAACCGGGACUAAAGAUUUACAAAUGGUUAAUAUAACUUGUAGAGUUUUAUAUAAACCGGAUAUUUGGCAAUUACCGACAAUUUAUCGAACUUUAGGAUUAAAAUAUGAAGAAAAAGUUUUACCUUCAAUUGUUAAUGAAGUUUUAAAAUCGGUGGUGGCACAAUUUAAUGCAUCACAAUUAAUCACUCAAAGAGAAAAAGUAUCACGAUUAGUAAGAGAAAAUUUAGUUCGUCGUGCCUCAAAAUUUAAUAUUUUAUUAGAUGAUGUUUCUAUUACCUAUAUGACAUUUUCACCAGAAUUUAGUCAAGCUGUGGAAGCCAAACAAAUUGCUCAACAAGAUGCUCAAAGAGCUGCUUUUAUUGUUGAUAAGGCCAUUCAAGAAAAACAACAAUUGGUGGUUAAAGCUCAAGGGGAAGCCAAAUCUGCAGAAUUGAUUGGUGAAGCCAUUAAAAAAUCUAAAGAUUAUGUUGAAUUGAAAAGAUUGGAUACUGCCAGAGAAAUUGCCAAUAUUUUGGCUGCUUCCCCUAAUAGAAUUAUCUUGGAUAAUGAUACAUUGUUAUUAAAUACUGUCACUGAUAAUAGAAAAUAA